GAGCUUCUGAAAGACGCUGCAGGUUCUGGGACUCUCCACCAUGUUCCUUGCUCAAGCUUUGCUAGAUGCGGCCACCGGUGGUGGUGGAAAAGGAGGAGGAGGAGGAGGAGGUGGUGGUGGUGGAGGAGGAGGAGGUGGUGCCAGCAACGUUAUGGGUCUUCUCGGAGGUCUUGUGAACAUCAUCAGUGAAGCGGCAGCUCAGUACAAACCAGAGCCCCCACCAGCCCCUCGCAGCCAUUUUGCCAACGUGGAGGCCAAUGAAAGCGAGGAAAUGCGCCAGUUCCGACGACUCUUCACCCAACUGGCGGGCGAUGACAUGGAAGUGUGCGCCACCGAGCUGAUGAACAUCCUCAACAAGGUGAUGGCCCGCCAUCAGGAUCUGCAAUCCGAAGGCUUCAGCCUGGACACUUGCCGAAGCAUGGUGGCUGUCAUGGACAGUGACGCCACCGGCAAGCUGGACUUUUACCAGUUCAGGUAUCUCUGGAACAACAUCAAGAAGUGGCAGUGCGCCUUCAAAGAGCAUGCUGGCCCGGCAGGGAAAAUUGAGAUGAGGAAUCUGCCCACAACUUUCAAGGCUGCGGGUUUUAACCUCCACGAGCAACUCUACGCCCUGAUGAUCCGUCGCUAUGCCGAUGAAGACGGCAGCAUGGAUUUCAACAACUUCAUCAGCUGCUUGGUCCGUCUGGAUGGAAUGUUCCGGGCCUUCAAAUCCCUGGACCGAAGUGGUGAUGGAAAAGUCCAGAUGAACAUAGAAGAGUGGUUGCAGCUUACCAUGUACUCUUAAAACAGCAAGGGGUGGUGGAACGUCAAAGCAGUGGUUGGCUCUCCUUGGACCAUACCAUUGAUGGGGGGGUUGAGGGAGGAGGGAUAGAUGGGAAGUAAAAUUGCUUCUGCCCAGACUUGAAAUAAACCUUCCUGCUUACAGGGAGUGAUUUUGGGCUGAUAGCACCUUGGGAUAUUGAAAUUAGCCAAUGCAUGUGUUUUCUAAGAGUAUUUGCUCAUUGCUUAUGUUUUGGUCCGGUUUGUUUGUUCAUGGCUGUGCCUGAAUUCUGCAAUAGUAUUAAGGUUGCAAACUCAUGUUAGCAAUGUUGGAAGUAGACGGGAACCUGUGGGUUAUUUCAUAGGAAAUUGGGAGGAAAACCCAGUGUUUUAUUGUAAAAUUAAAUAUAGCCUGCUCUCCUUAGGUUAGUGGCUAUGUUGUGCAAAAUGAAGCAACUGUUAUUAUCAUUAUUUCAAUUUUUUCCCCACUCUGCUUUAGGAGAGCGCGUUUUGAUCUCCUUUCCUUAUUUCGUUUCCACUAUUGUUCUUAUCCUCUCCUCCUAUAUUGAUAUUUUGGGAUUCGAAGCCCCAAAUAAUCCCUGGUCUUGUUAAGGUAGUUCUUUUUCUUUUUUUUAAAAGGAAAGUCUAAUUGACUUUAAUUUACAGAUGUUUCUGUUAUUGAACAUAAUCUGGAAUCUCAAUUAUCUCAGUUGUCCUCAGAUUAUGGAUGGGCACUCGGGAUCCUGAAUUCAUUUUUGAGGGAAUAAGAUUAGGGUCUCCCAACUUGUUGGCCUUUAGAUUCAUAUAUCUAGGUUACCAUCAUAGUUCAGUAAUGGUCACUUGGGAUGAUGGAAAUAGCACUCUGGGAGAUUUGGAAAACAACGCGUCGUGUAAACGCAGCCAAAGGGAGAUGGCAUCUGCAGCUUCUGGGUUAGCAGGUUCUUGUUUUUGCUGAACGCCGGUUUGUUGAAGAAAGGAAUCAUAGCAAAAGUAGAUCUUUUCCGUCUGUUGUAAAGAAGAGAAAAUAAACUUGGAUUAUAACAAAAAGAGAACACUGUGAAUUCUUUGAUUGUUUUGUAGCUGUCUGGUCAAAAGUGGCAGGGAGUUAUAUACUUUGCUUUAUUAUACUUUUCUUA